CUCGAUAAUUGGCAAUUAGUAAAUUAGAAUCUAUAUAUAUACCAUCAGUGCCAAUAUCUUUUUAAAUCCGGGUCAUACCCAACUACCUGACAAAUUAAAUUCAAAUACUUUGAGAAGCCGACAGGGUUUUCCACAAAGUAGUGAAGAUGUCUCAGUGUAUGAACGCCUUAAACCCUCCAAAAACCCCCAUCAAGAACACUAAUUUUUCAAUUCCCACUUCGAAUUUCCCCUCAUUUUCUUAUUUUGAACCAAAACCCAUAUCUAAAUUAAAGAGAUACCCGAGGAUUUGUGUAAUGGCAACGCAGAAUCAACAAAAGUUGUCACUUGAUUCUUUAAUCUAUAGUAGCCGCAAAGACGAGGUCUUUGGUGCUAUUAAAGGUUCUUUAUCUAAUUGUCUAUCUGAAACUAAUCUUCAUUUGACUGUUCCUGGUCUCAAAUCCAAAACCAGAGGCAAGGUGAGAGAUAUAUAUGAUGGUGGGGAUUAUCUUGUUCUGGUCACAACUGAUCGGCAGAGUGCAUUUGAUAGAAUUCUUGCUUCAAUUCCCUUCAAAGGGCAGGUUCUAAACGAGACUAGUCUGUGGUGGUUCGACCAAACACAACAUCUUACUCAAAAUGCAGUUGUUUCAGCUCCUGAUAAAAAUGUUACAAUUGCAAAGAAAUGUUCAGUUUUUCCUGUUGAAUUUGUUGUUAGAGGGUAUGUGACGGGAAGUACUGAUACAUCACUAUGGACUGUCUAUAAAAAAGGAGUCCGAAAUUACUGUGGCAAUGCCCUUCCAGAUGGCUUGGUAAAAAACCAAAAGCUGGCCACAAAUAUACUCACUCCAACAACCAAGGCUGCAGAUCAUGAUGUUCCUGUAACUCCAAGCGAGAUAAUUGAGCGUGGGCUAAUGACUAGAGCUGAUUAUGAUGAGGCGAGUAGGAAAGCACUGAAAUUAUUUGAGUAUGGGCAGCGUGUAGCUUUAGAGCAUGGUUUGGUAUUAGUCGACACAAAAUAUGAAUUUGGAAAGGGCGCUGAUGGUUCAGUUCUACUGAUUGAUGAGGUGCAUACACCUGACUCAAGCAGAUAUUGGAUUGGACAUUCUUAUGAAGAACGUUUUCAGAAGGGUCUUGAACCUGAAAAUAUUGAUAAGGAGUUCUUGAGGUUGUGGUUCAAGGAUCACUGUAAUCCAUAUGAAGAUGAGGUCCUUCCUGAUGCUCCUGAAGAACUUGUUUGUGAGCUAGCAUGGAGAUAUAUUUUCUUGUACGAGACAAUAACCAAAUCAGAAUUUGAGUUGCCAUCGACAAAGGAACCAAUACAUGACAGGAUCUCAAGAAAUGUUGAACUAGCGUUAUCAUCCUUAAUUUGAUUCUAAAGUUCAAUUCUCAUACUUCUCUGAUUGUUGAGACAUGUCCAACAGGAUUUUGGUCUCGAACUUUGCUAAUAGUUGGUUAUGAGGCUUCUAUAACCAGAGGCAUUUGGUUUAUGAUUGAGGUGUGCACAAGAAGCCAAAUAAUUCUGGUUCAACUGGCAUAUAUAACAAAUAAUGAACUUGCCUGUUUAUGCUAAUAGUCACAGUUCAUUUUCGUCAAAAAAUGAAUUAAUGUUGCUGUUGCAGUUAAUUGAAUGAAUUUAUUCAUGUUUGCUAUCCAA